AUGACUCUUUUUUCUUCGCUGCAUGUGAUUUAUAUAAUAAGGUAUGUGAGUGUUGGUGAAUCUGGAGAUGUUGAGCUCUUUUACUACUUUGUGAAAUCAGAGAGAAAUCAGGAUAAAGAUCCUCUCAUGAUUUGGCUAACUGGUGGGCCUGGAUGCAGCUCUCUUUGUGGUUUCCUCUUUGCAAAUGGUCCUUUGGCUUUUAAAGGGGAUGACUAUAAUGGGACACUGCCUCCUCUAGAGCUAACAUCUUUUUCUUGGACAAAGGUGGCUAACAUUUUAUAUUUGGAAUCUCCUCCUGGUUCUGGAUAUUCUUAUGCUAAAACUCGGCAUGCUUCUGAGACGAGUGACACCAAACAAAUUCACCAAAUCGACCAGUUCCUUAGGAGUUGGUUUGUGGAUCACCCCGAGUUCAUAUCUAAUCCAUUUUACGUUGGUGGAGAUUCAUAUUCCGGGAAGAUUGUUCCAGGAGUUGUGCAACAUAUUUCACUUGGAAAUGAGAAAGGUCUCACACCACUCAUAAAUAUUCAGCAGGGAUAUGUGCUUGGAAACCCUGCAGUACUUAGAAACUUGGAAUCAAAUCACAAAGUCUCAUUUGCGCAUCGAAUGGGACUGAUUUCAGAUGAGCUCUAUGAGUCACUUGAAAGAAAUUGUGGAGGCAAAUUCUUUAACGUAGACCCAAGUAAUGCAAAAUGCUCAAAUGGGCUUCAAGCUUAUCAUCAGUGUAUCUCAGAGAUAUACAAAGAACAUAUAUUGUUACCAAACUGCAAAGUAGAUUACGUCUUAGCAGGCAUAUCACAAACCUUACCAAAUAUCAGAACCAGUAGAAGAAGAGAACUAAAGGAGUCUUCAAGAAAUGAUCCAAAGGAGGCUUCAGGAAAUGAUCCAUCAUCAUUGCCUCCUCCUAGCUGCUUUACUUAUAGGUAUUUUCUGUCUGCCUUUUGGGCAAACGAUGAAAAUGUACGCAGAGCUUUAGGCGUGAAGAAGAUAUACAAGGACCUAUGCCAAUACGAUGACAUUUGCAACUAUCAAGGCAAGAACUUCUAA